AUGGCGUCGCUAAUCCUCUUGUUGUUGCCUCUGGCAGCAGCUAUCGAGAGACCACCUCAUCAGCCACAGGGUAAUGGGACCAAGAUCCUCAGCUUCAACGAGACGGUACCGGCCGCGCAAUACAGUGCUAGCUCGGUAUCCGUGUCUUGGGUCUCUGGAGACGAGGAUGGCCAGUAUAUCACCGAGAGUGAAGACGGCAGUAUCGUGCUGCAGAAUAUUGUUACUGGCGAUUCUCGGACUCUGAUCGAAGCCGAUGCAGUCCCUGAAGAUUACUGGGAGUACUGGGUCAGUCCGACGGCUGACCGAGUCCUUUGGUCAACAAACUACACCAAGAACUACCGACAUUCCUACUAUUCAGACUAUAUGAUACAGGAAAUCGAGAGCGGCGAAUUGACGCCAUUGGUCGAGGAUCAGGCCGGCGAUAUCCAAUAUGCCGAAUGGGCCCCAACGGGCGACGCCAUUGCUUUCGUGCGCGGCAACAACCUGUAUAUUUACAACAACAGCGAGAUUACUCAGGUCACUGAGGAUGGCGGCCCAGACAUGUUUCAUGCGGUGCCAGAUUGGGUCUACGAAGAGGAAAUCUUCGGGGACCGCUACGUGCUCUGGUGGUCGCCUGAUGCUCAAUUUAUUGCCUUCCUCUCCAUGAAUGAGACUGGCGUCGGCACUUUCACGGUCCCCUACUUCAUGGGCUCGCCACUCGAUCCCCAGGAGGUCGCUCCCGAGUACCCAUAUGAGCUCGAGCUCCGGUACCCCAAAGUUGGCAGCACGAAUCCGACGGUCGAGUUCAAUGUCCUGGAACUGUCGACUAUGGAGGUUUCCAACAUCCUGAUCGAUGCUUUCGAACCCAACAACACGAUUAUUGGAGAAGUUGCUUGGGUCACGGACGACCAUGCAGGUGUAGUUUAUCGGGCGUUCAAUCGUGUCCAGGAUCUCGAGAAGCUCGUUUUGGUCGACCCGGCGGAGCAGACAUCAAGCGUCAUCCGCGAGCGAGACGGAACCGACGGCUGGCUCGAUAACAACCUCGCCAUUCAGUACAUUGGCACAAUCGACGAUUCCAACACAACCUAUUUCCUCGAUCUUUCCGACGAAUCCGGCUGGCAGCACAUCUACCUCUGGCCCGUGGAUGGCGGCGACAGCAUCCAGCUCACAGAGGGUGAAUGGGAGGUUACGGCUGUACUGAAGGUCGAUACCGAUCGCCAGUUGAUCUAUUACACCAGCACCGAAGCUCACAGCACCGAGCGACACCUAUACUCGGUCUCCUUUUCGGGCAACAAGACCGCUUUGGUAGACGAUUCCGUGCCCGCGUACUACUCUGCCUCCUUCAGCUCGGCUGGCGGCUACUACAUCCUCAGCUACCUAGGGCCCAACGUACCCUAUCAAGAACUGUACAGCAUCAACUCCACCUCCGAAGCUUUGGACUCUAUCACCACAAACGAGGCACUAGUCCAGAACAUUACCGAAUUCAACCUCCCCAAUAUCACAUACCUCGAACUCGAGCACCCUGACGGCUACACACUGAACGUAAUGCAGCGCCUGCCUGUUGACUUCGAUCCCUCGAAGAAAUAUGGUUUGCUUUUAAUACCGUAUGGAGGUCCUGGUGCCCAAGAAGUCUCGAAGCAGUUCUCCCCUUUGAACUGGAAAGCCUACAUCGCCUCUGACCCGAGCCUCUCCUACAUAACCUACACAGUCGACGGACGAGGCACCGGCUUCAAAGGACGCGCCUUCCGCGCCACAGUCACCAACCACCUCGGGCGCCUCGAGCCGCUCGACCAGAUCUGGGCCGCCGAGCAACUCAUCGCCGCCAACGAGUGGAUCGACACCGAGCACGUCGGCAUCUAUGGGUCGAGCUUUGGCGGGUACCUCUCGGCGAAAGUGCUGGAGGAGGACUUGGACGUGUUUACCUUCGCCAUGAUUCAAAGUCCUGUGACUGACUGGCGGUUCUACGAUACGUUCUAUACCGAACGCUACAUGAAGACCUUGGAGGAUAAUGAAGCCGGCUAUAAUGAGACAGCAAUCCGCACGACCUCGGGCUUCGCGCACGCCGCCGGCGGCUUCGCCCUCGUGCACGGCACCGGCGACGACAACGUGCACUACCAAAACUCCGCGGCCCUGGUCGACCUGCUCGUCGGUUCCCCGGAAAACCCUUCCGGCGUGACCCCCGAGAAAAUGAAGAUGUUUGCCUUUACGGAUAUCAACCACGCGAUCCCCAGCAGUAAGGCCGGCACGUGGCUGUAUCAGUUUUUGACGGAGUUUUUGUUCGAGGAGAAGCUUAGAGGAACAGAGGACGAGUUGGUGCAUCAGUGGAGUAAGAAGGAGGUGGAGGUGGAGGUGGACGAGAGGAGGAGGAGGAGGGCGGUUGAGUGGCUUGCUUGA